AACCCAAUCUUGCGGCAUUGCUUCUAGAACCCUAAGCACGGCCCCCCGUCCAAGCUCUCGGUCGCCUUCUGCCAUGGCGGAAGAGCCAACGAAAGCCGGCUCCGCCGGAGGCGGCGAUCGGGAGGGCGACGACGAGCAGGUGGUGAACCCUUGGGAGGUGACGGCGAAGGACGGGGGGAAGAUCGACUACGACAAGCUGAUCGAGAAAUUCGGCUGCCAGCGGCUCGAUGAAUCGCUCGUGCGGCGCGUCGAGCGGCUCACCGGUCGCCCCGCCCACGUCUUCCUUCGCCGUGGUGUCUUCUUCGCCCACAGGGACUUCAAUGAGAUUCUUGAUGUCUAUGAGAGGGGCGAGAAGUUCUUCCUGUACACGGGGAGAGGGCCAUCCUCCGAGGCGUUGCAUAUGGGGCAUUUGGUGCCCUUCAUGUUCACCAAAUACUUGCAGGACGCUUUCAAGGUUCCUCUUGUUAUACAGCUAACUGAUGAUGAGAAGUGCAUGUGGAAGAACCUUACGGUGGAAGAGAGUAAAAGGCUUGCUCGUGAGAAUGCGAAAGACAUAAUUGCAUGUGGAUUUGACAUAACUAGAACUUUUAUUUUCUCAGAUUUCAGUUAUGUUGGCGGUGCUUUCUAUGAGAAUAUGGUCAAAGUUGCGAAAUGUGUCACAUUCAAUAAGGUUGUAGGAAUAUUUGGCUUUACAAAUGAGGAUCAUAUUGGUAAAAUCAGCUUCCCUCCUGUUCAGGCUGUCCCAUCAUUCCCUAGUUCAUUUCCACAUCUCUUCUCAGGCAAAGACGAUCUUCGUUGUUUGAUACCAUGUGCCAUUGACCAGGAUCCUUACUUCAGAAUGACACGAGAUGUUGCUCCUAGGAUAGGUUACCAAAAACCUGCAUUAAUUGAGUCAUCAUUCUUCCCUGCUCUCCAGGGGGAGACAGGAAAGAUGUCUGCCAGUGAUCCAAAUUCUGCUAUAUAUGUGACAGAUUCAUCCAAGGACAUUAAAAAUAAGGUAAACAGGUAUGCUUUCUCUGGAGGCCAAGAUUCAAUAGAGAACCACAGAAAAUAUGGAGCAAAUCUAGAGGUUGAUAUUCCUGUCAAGUACCUUGGUUUCUUUCUUGAAGAUGAUGCUGAGCUUGAUCACAUAAAGAAGGAGUAUGGAGCUGGACGAAUGUUGACCGGUGAAGUCAAAAAGCGCCUUGUGGAGGUCCUGUCUGAACUGGUGGAGAGACACCGGAAAGCUCGCGCACUGGUCACCGAUGAGGUGGUGGAUGCUUUUAUGGCCGUGAGGCCCCUUCCCCAGAUGUUCGGCUGAAAAGCUUUCUGCAUGCGGAUCUCGACCCAAAUUGAUUCCAGCAGUAAAGAACAAGAAUAUUAUAUAUUAUUUUUUUUGGCAGGAUUCUUUUUAUUAUCCAUUCAAGAAACAGCGAGGUUGCAAUGAGCAGUUCCCAGAGGUUUUCCUGAGGAAGCUGUUUUCUUGGUAACAUGCGCAACAUGCAUUUGUGCUGAAGCAUUGGAUUCAUUAUUUUCAUAUUUUGAGCUAAGGUGUUUGCUAUUAAAGUUCUGAGAAGAAAAUUUUGGUCUUG